CCCGUGCAACGUAAUGUAAUCUAAUUGACGAGCCAGGCAUCUCUACAUACGAGUGUGGUCCAUUGACUUGUGACACCUAUCAUCAUCUCGUAGGGAUAUCCAGGAGGGUCGAGGUGACACUCAGAUCCUGUAGAUGGAACCACUCAACUCGGUGGCACAAUGCGUGGGUGAGAUUUGCGCUAAAUGAACCUACUAGCGAGGAUAAAAACAAAGUUAAUCGGCCCAAGUAAACCCCGCCGCCAGGAAUCCCCUUGCUACUCAUCCAGGCCCAAGCUUUAGACGUUGUACUGCACCUUAUUACUGUUACUGUAACAUCCAUGUCUACUCAAGUCAAGAAUGUCGCACUGAUUGGUGCCAGUGGUAACCUUGGAGUUGUCAUCCAGGACCAUUUCCUCGCCCAACAAGACUCACCUCUUCGCCUCUCCGUUUUGACGAGGCAGAACUCUGGUGCCAAGUUUCCCAAGGGCUUGAAUGUGAUCUCGACGGACUACAGCCCCGAGUCUCUCGAACGAGGCUUGAGAGGACAGGAUGUGGUCAUCAUGCUCCUCCCCCCAGAGUCCACCGUUGACCAUGAAACUGUCAUCGACGCAGCGGUAAAGGCAGGCGUCAAGCGCUUCUUCCCCUCUGAGUACGGUGUCAGAACCUACCACCCAGAUUUUGCCGACGGCGUUCUGCUCGCGACCAAGAAGCGAUCUAUCGUCAAGCAUCUAGAGAAGACCCAAGAUCUCAUGAGCUGGACCGGUAUCAUGUGCAAUCCUUGGGUAGACUUUUGUGUCAUCGAUGGACUUCUGGGCUUCGACAUCACCAAACGAAAAGCGCGCAUCUACAAUGGUGGCGAUGUGCCGUUCUCCACGGGUCUCCGUGACUUAGCUGCCCAGGCUCUCUACGCGCUCAUCACCAAUCCGGAUCGUCUCAAAGAAGCAAAGAAUCAGUACAUCCACGUCGCCUCUUACACAGUGACACAACUGGAGAUCCUUGACGUCGUGCAAAGGCUUACCGGCCAGGAAUGGCAGGUCGAGAAUGUCACCUCUGAGGGAGUUCUGCCAGAAGCCCGAGAGGACAUCAAGAGAGGCUUGAACUGGGGCCUGGGCCACCAGGUCCAAGCUAUUCUUUUUAGUUACGGCUCAGACGGCCACGCGAUCGGUGAUUUCCGCCCGUUGGGAAUCUGGAAUGAGAAAUUGGGCCUGCCGAAAAGCACCUUGGAGCAAGACCUGAAGGGCCCUCUUACGGGCGAAUGGAAGGGGAUAGUUCACUGGCAGCCAGAAGAGCUUCCCAACUAUGAACUCAAAAAGGAUCGCGGUUAAUCGACACGCCUGUAGGUUCACAACCCACAAGAACUUCUCCAUGGAGGUUGCUCUCGAAAAGCACUACAUGUACACGCAGGUCUCGUGAUAGUAUGCAACAUGUUGGUUUCUUGUCACCGCUUUACAAUGGCCUUGAGUAGGACCCAGAGAUAACACUCUAAUCAAUCAUUACAAUGCAUGUAAUCUUAUUGGCGAAAGGGCUUCAUCCGUUUCCACCAUGUGCAUCCAUCUCAUAGUGAGAUUUCCAAAGGCGAAUAAAUAAGUGGAAUGUCAGGAGUACUACUAAAGUAUUGAAAUAAAGAGCCUUGUUGGAAUUAGUAACAAGAAAGCCUUGAUAGCCUUUGAAAGAUCCAGUAGCGGAUUUGAGGUCGGAUCACAAUUUCAAUGGAGC